AUGGAUGAUGAUGAGGGUGAUGAUGAGGAUGGUGUGUUCGGGGAUAAUGAUGAGGAUGAUGAAAUUCAAUAUAAUAAAGUAUUUGAUGAUGAUGAUGAUGAUGAAGAUGAAGUGGAAGAUCAAAGUCUGGUGAUUGAACAUAAGUCAGGCUUAGGUUCAAAUGAGGUUUUCGAUAAUGAGUUAAAUCUUUAUGAUCAAGAUGAUUAUGAAGAUGAUUACGAGAAUUAUGAUGAUGAUAUACCAGGAGAUGAUGAGGAUGAUGAUGAAUUCAUUAGUUACAACAAAGCAGUGGAUGAAGAUGUGGACCAUAAUUUAAACCCGUUCCCUUUCAAAUCACAAAUCGUAGAUGAUAUACCAUCUACACCUUAUGAUCAUCCCUAUCAAAUCCCAUUCCCUUCACAACCCACCACUCAAAAACCUUUUAACUCAUCUUAUCAUUUAUCAAUUCUGGGAAUUGAUUUUUCAGAAGAGAUUGAAACUUUAACCAAUGAUAAUAAUGGUAGUGGAGAUGAUAUACUUGAGAAUUACUUGGAUGUGAUGACUAAACUGUCAUCAUCGAUUGAAAAGGCCAUAACGACCCCUGUGGCCAUUCGAAAGACUCCUGAAUUGAAAUCAGUGGAUAAUUUGGAAUUAUUCGAUAUUAGUAGUCCCAUCAUUAAUGGAUUAACUAUCGGUCAUAAUUUAAAACAUAAACUUAUGAGACCAGGAAGUAAUCAUUCAUCAAAGAAAUCAUCUCGUCAAACCUUCAUCAAUCGGAGAGAUAGUGAUGGUAUUAAAGGUGAAGAAGAGGACAACGUAAGUCAAAAACAAUUAAAAAUUGAUUAUGGAGGUAAUGAAGUUUUUAAAGUUCAUAGUUUUCAUCAAUCGAUAGGUGAUGAUUUGGACUUAAAAAUCAAACAGAAAGUCAAUAAUAUGGAAGAAUUUCAUAAUACGAUCUACAAAUCUCAAAUCAAAUCUCCUGAAGUUGGAUUAGGUAUUGAAACUCCUGAUUCCGUGCAUGAUGUUACCAUCAGUAAUAAAACUAGUGUGAGUAAUAAUUCGAUGAGGAAAUCAAUUAGUAGUAUGAUGGAUUUAUUAAGUUCAUUAGAAUCAAGUCAAACUGCUUCAUCAAGAAAAAAUAGUGGAAGCAAUAAUAAAGAUGCCAAUAUCAGUACUAGUUCUUUCCAAUCUGAUCAACGAAAAUCUAUAGUUGGUAUGAUGAGUCUUCUUGCAGACUUAGAAAAAAAUCAACUGGAAGUGGAACAUAGUACUGAUAAAUCGAGUGAUUUGCAAAAGGACAAAAUGAAAGAAAAUAGAAAAUCAAUUAAUGAUAUGAUGUCAACCUUAGCCAAACUUGAACAAUCUGAUCUGAAUGCUUCCACGUCAACCUUAAAGAAAAGACGCGAUUCCAUAAGUCAUAUGAUGAGUACUUUAGCGAAACUUGAUGUUUCCAAUAGUUCAACCAUUCGUAAACCAAAGGUUAAAGAUCCUACCAUUGCCACAAGACGUAUUGUUCUGACUCCAAUCAAUAGUUCCAAGAGAUAUUCCUGGUUCAAUAAUGAUGAAGACAUAUCGAUUAAUAAAAGUGGUAGUAGUACCACUUCUAAUAAAGAAGAUCUGGGACAUAAUUGGGAUCAAGAUAUGUUGGAUGAAAUUAAUCAAUUACCCGAAGAUUUUGAUUUCCAAGAUCAUGAUUAUAAACGAAAAUUAUUAAAUAAAGUUCAAGAUAAUAAUAAUAAUGGAUUUUUAAGAAGUAAUUCAUAUAAUAAAAAACCCAUCAGAACUGUGAUGGAUAAUAAAUUCCAAACUAAUAAAAUUGAAACUUUGAAUAAAACAGUUACAUUUUAUCGUAAUAGCAGUUUAGGUUUGGAACUUGGGAGAAGUGGAAGUGUCAGUAGAGCAACUUCUACAAGAUCAAUGAAUUCAUUUGCUUCAGUCAAUGAAGAAGCAUCGGUUGAAGAUGACUAUGAGGAUCAUAAUGAUGAAAGUUCAACCUUUCCCUAUGAAAGAGUUGACUCAAAUACAGUAACAAGCAAUACUAACUUAAUGACUAUCACAGAAACAGAUAGUCCAUACCUUAAAUAA